AUGUUAGAUGAUGAUGUUACGGAAAAAAAUUCAAUUAAUGGAUCUGAACAAUUGAAUGUCUAUAAUAGCUCAACUAGUAAUAACUCAGAUGAAUCACCCAAGAAAAAAGAAGAUAGCAAUUCGGCGAAUGAAGAGGAGACAGAAAAUAGUGGAGUAGAUAAUGGGCGUGUAGAUAUCUCAAAAGGUGAGAAGAUUGAAUCUCCUAAGGAGAUUUAUCAUAUCCCUCGAAGGAGAUCAAGAAGCCCCAGCACUGACAAUAAUGACAAGGAGGAGUCAAAUACAGGUAGAUCUAUAUCUCCACUUAGAUCAGAUGACUCCAGUAGAAAAAAGAGGAGACGAGGGUCUUCUGGUUGGGAUGCUCCAUUUAAUCCUGAUGUAAGCCAACUAAUGCCCAAUAUGAAACAAGCAAAUGUAGGCCAGAUGAUGGGGUCAAGUAAUAUUGCACCUAGACAAGUAACUCAAGGAGCUCGUAUAUAUGUUGGUUCACUAGAUUAUUCGUUAAGCGAAGCAGAUUUGAGACAAGUAUUUGGUUCUUUUGGAACUAUUGUUAAUAUUGACAUGCCCCGUGAGGGAAAUCGUUCAAAGGGAUUUUGUUUUAUUGAAUAUACAACUCAAGAAUCUGCUGAGAUGGCCUUAGCAACAAUGAAUAGAUUUGUAUUAAAGGGCAGACCAAUAAAGGUUGGUAGACCAACGAAUGCUAUUGUAUCAAAUAAUCAAAACAAUAAUAAUUCAAUGGGCAACCAUACUGGUAUGGUGGGAAUGCCAGUAUUACCUCCUGAAAAUACAAAUGCAAAUAUUCCACCACAUCAAAUUCCUCAAAAUCCCCCUCAAAACCGUAUAUAUAUAGGUUCUGUACCUUAUUCUUUUACUCCUGAUGAUCUUAGACAUAUCUUUAAGGCUUUUGGAGUAAUUCUGAGUUGUCAAUUAAUACCCUCUGUAGAGAAACCUGGAACUCAUCGUGGAUAUGGUUUUAUUGAAUUCGGAACACCAGAUCAAGCCAAAUUAGCUAUUGAAACAAUGAAUGGCUUUGAAGUUGGAGGUAAACAGUUAAAGGUUAAUGUUGCUACAGCAUUGAAACCUUCAAAUUCUAUAUCAUCAAAUCAGAUCCCAAUUGUUUCUCCAACAUUACAAAAUGUAAUGUCUCAACAAAUCCCACCCACAUUAGCAAUACCACCUACUAUGGCAAUACCCCCAGUACUAUCUAUGCCAAAUGUCACUCCAUUACCACCCAACUUAUAUCAACCACCCAAUAUCCCAGUACCUUAUCCUGCAAAUUCUUACCCAAUUAUUCCGAACUCAACAUCAAACUCAAAUGUGAUUUUAUUAACAAAUAUGAUUGGACCUGAAGAAGUUGACGAUGAAUUAAAAGAGGAAGUGAAGAUUGAAUGUAGUAAAUAUGGGAAGGUUUAUGAUGUUCGUAUACACAUUUCAGAUCAUGUUUCUAAACCAAGUGAUAGAGUAAGGAUAUUUGUAGUUUUUGAAACUAACACUAUGGCUCAAAUAGCUGUGCCGGCUCUUAAUAAUCGGUGGUUUGGUGGAAAUCAAGUUUAUUGUCGGUUAUAUAAUACUGAAAGAUUCUACUCAUCAUUUUAUGAUGAUUAA